AUGCAUCGUUGUCUCGACUUUAUUUCUGUACUUCACUGCAGAACAGAACAUCAACUCUCACUUCAAACAUGGCAGGUGUGGGCAACAAACAAUUCAAUAUCUAUCAAUACACCACAACUUACGGCAACAGAACCUCAACCAACACAACAUACAACAAUGACGAGUUCAGGAUUGUGUUGCUGGGGAAGACCGGCGUUGGGAAGAGCGCUACGGGAAACACCAUCCUAGGAAAUAAAGUCUUUAAAUCAGAGUUAUCCCCUAAUUCAUUGACCGACAUCUGCAAAAAGGCCUUUGGUGACGUGAACGGGCAAAAGGUUUCUGUUAUUGACACUCCGGGUCUGUUUGACACCAAGGUUGAUAAGGAGAAAACCAUUGAUGAUCUGGCUCAGUGCAUCAACUAUGCUUCUCCUGGACCACAUGUCUUCCUGGUCCUCGUCCCACUGGGCAGAUACACAGAGGAAGAGAAGAACACAGUGCUGAAGCUCCAGAAGGUGUUUGGAGAAGGUGCAGACAGAUACAGCAUGGUUCUCUUCACCCACGGGGACAAGCUCAAAGGGAAACCUAUCGACGAGUUCAUACAGGAGAGCGAAGAACUGAAGGAACUUGUGGCCAAAUACAACGGGCACUACCACGUCUUCAAUAACGAGGCGAAGGAUCCGUCGCAGGUCACAGAGCUGCUGGACAAGAUCAGGAAGAUGAUGGAGGAGAACGGAGGGAACCAUUACACCACUGAGAUGUUCAAGAAGGCAGAGGAGGCGAUUAAAGUGGAGAAACAACGAAUCCUUAAAGAGAAAGAAGAACAAAUGCGCAAAGAGCAGGAGGAACUGGAGAAGGAAAUAAAGGAAAAGUAUGAGCAACAAAUGAGGCAAGCGCAGGCUGACAUGGAGAAGAUGAGAAAGUUAAUGGAAUCCCGUGACAGAGAAACUAGAGAGGAAGCUGAAAAACUGAAGAAGCAGCAUGAAACUUCGGCCAGACGAGCGGCUGAGAAUAGUCCUUCAUUGAUUAUGCAGAUUUAUCAGUUCUUGCGGAAGAAAUUUCUGGAGUACCUCUCAAAAUGAAGCUUCUGGCUUUGUGAUGCUGGACUGCUGCGAGUCAUUAAUAUUCAACCAGUUCUCAUUGGGCCUGAUCCGUUAUAACAACAUUUACUCAAUGAGUGUUUCAUUGUACUUAAUUGGAUGACUCAUUGUAAUUAUUUGGGAGUUUGUUGGGAUUUAAUCUUGUGAUAUUUGUUUUCCAAGAUACAGACCUAUCAUUGAGGAGCGAGCUGCUGUUCGCCACAUUGUUUUGUCCCGGCUGCCUUGUCAUAUUUGUUGGACCUUCUUUUGCUUUGGUUCAUUUUUGUUUUGUUUUGAUGAUUUAGUUAUUUUGUCAUUGGUUGGGAUUCUAAACACUGAUGUAAAUGUGGCAAGCGUGAGGUCGGGGAAACUCAAGAAAACUAAUCAAUUGGAUGAUCAAAAUAAUUACAAAAAUAAAUCAAGAAAAGUC